AUGACCGUUUUAAGUAUCAGAGACUAUCGUGGCGCAACGGUAGAAGACUUGGAUAUUAAACCAGCAAUUUCAAUUAAUCCUACUACCCAUUUAAAUGAAGCUUUGGAAAUAGCAUACGAGCAUGAAUUUACGUACUUACCUGUGAUUCAUGAGUCGAAUAAGAAACUUUUAGGGAUUUUCAAUGUCGAAGACUUAAAAACCACAAGUAAUGCAGAUAAUAAAGUUCGUUUGGCACCUCUUGUGAAGAACCACAUGUUAUGGUUUCAUCAAAAGGCACAAGAGAAUUACGAUAAAGAGCACCAAGAACCACAAAAAAUCAAUAAGACGGCACUUAAUACCACAAUCUUGAAGCCUCAGACCAAGGGCAAAUCUUUCAAUAUUAUAACACCUAUGAGUCCAUUGGAAGACUUGGCGAGAUUUUUUGCCGAAGGGGUAUAUUUUGCUAUUAUCACGAAUGAUGAAGGAACUCUUGUUUACGGAGUGGCCACCCCUGAAGACUUAACGAGAUAUGAAAAUUCCAGACCAAGAUUGUGA